AUGCCCGGUAAAGAAGAAGUCAAAAAAGAAGACGGAAAGUUACGAAUGAGCAAUGUUAUUGUGGCAACGGGCAAGGGACGCGGUCGUCCAAAAAAAAUUCCGGUAAGCAACGAUGAUGAUGCUUCCGAUGACGAUGGAAAUGAUUCUAGUGAUGGUGGCAGCCCUCGGAAAAAAACAAAAGUUGAAAGUAAACCAUCGUCGGGACGUGGACGUGGUCGUCCUAGGAAAGUUAAAAACAGCGAGGAUGAGAGUUCCGAUGACAAAAUGGACGAUGAUGAGACAAAAAAUCCCCCUGGUAGACCAUCAUCGGGCGGUGUUAAUCUAAAUAUUUCACGCUCAGGUCGUGGCCAAGGGCGUCCCAAAAAAGAGGUUGCCAAAAAUGAAAAUGGCACAGAUGAUGUGGCUACGGCGCCCAAGAAACGUGGCCGAAAACCCGGUAGUGGCAAUAAAGCUAAAGCUGCCGCCGGCGGUACUGGCAGAGGACGCGGCCGACCAAAGGGUUCUGGAAAGAAGCAGAACAAACACGAUGACAAAGAGGACGACGAUGACGAACAAGACGAAGAAGAAGAAGAGGAUGAGGUGAAAACUAAAGAAGAUGAAGAGGAGGAAGAGGAGAAAGUUUCAAAUAAAGACGAGAAAGACGAUGAGGAUGACAAAGAAGAAGAUGAUGCUGAUCAUGCAGACAGCGACUAA